AAUGAUUUUGAUCAAAGUGGUUCUAGUUAUAAUUCUGCAGAAUUAAUCAUGGAUGAUAAACUUGUAGCACGUUCUUCUAAUAGUGAACAAUCAAAACAAGUCACACCCAAUCAUGAGUCUUUUUCUCAAAUUUCUUUGGGGUUGCUUUCGCAAGAAGAACAGGAUAUAUUAUUUGGGGCUGAUUAA